AGUCCGCGAUGAAAAAAGGAGAGAGGUUUCGGAGGGCACAGGAAGCGCUGGCUGCGACCUUCGCAUAGGAGGAUUCCAAACAUCCGUGAAUCAAAAUCCACCAGCAGCGGUUUAUUCUCCCGCUAGCUGCGGUCCCUUCCCCGGAGGCAAUCUGGCGGCCCUUCGGCUAGAGGCGGAGGAGAAGGAACUGGGGGCGAUGGCCUGGGUGCUGAAGAUGGACGAUGCCACCAUCGAGUCAGGGCUGGUACACGACUUCGAUGCCAGUCUUUCGGGCAUCGGGCAGGAGCUGGGGGCUGGCGCAUACAGUAUGAGUGAUGUGCUGGCCCUGCCAAUCUUUAAACAGGAGGACUCCAGUCUUCCUUCAGACUGUGAGAGCAGCAGUCUCAACCCUCCCUUCCAGUACGUUCUCUGUGCUGCCACCUCCCCUGCUGUCAAACUACACGAUGAGACACUCACCUACCUGAACCAAGGCCAGUCUUAUGAGAUCCGUAUGCUGGACAACCGAAAGCUGGCCGAGUUACCAGAGAUUAACAACAAGAGUGUCAAGAGCAUCGUUAGGGUGGUGUUUCAUGACAGAAGACUCCAGUACACAGAGCACCAGCAACUGGAGGGGUGGAAAUGGAAUCGCCCUGGAGACCGUCUCCUAGAUAUCGACAUCCCCCUGUCAGUGGGUAUUGUGGAGGCGAAGGCCAACCCCGCUCAGCUCAACGCUGCCGAAUUCCUCUGGGACCUCAACAAGAGAGCCUCUGUGUUUGUGCAGGUUCACUGCAUCAGUACAGAGUUCACCCCUAGAAAGCAUGGAGGAGAGAAGGGAGUUCCCUUCAGGAUCCAGAUCGACACUUUCAGGCAGGGAGACAACGGAGAGUACACUGAACACCUCCACUCUGCCUCCUGCCAAAUCAAAGUCUUCAAGCCAAAGGGGGCAGACAGGAAACAGAAGACUGACAGAGAGAAGAUGGAGAAACGAACGUCUCAGGAAAAGGAGAAGUACCAGCCCUCCUACGACACAACCAUACUAUCAGAGAUGAGGCUGGAGCCCAUCAUAGAGGAGGCAGGAGACUAUGAGCUGAAGAAGUCCAGCAAGCGGACGCUGCCGGCUGACUGUGGGGACUCGCUGGCCAAGAGAGGCACUUGUUCUCCGUGGCCUGAUGCCUACAUCAGCUCUCCCCAGACAGCUGGCCCCUCUUUCUCCUCUACACCGCUCUCCACAUACACUGCCUCCUCUGUACCUGACAGUGGCCCCUCGUCGCCCAAUCACCAGACAGACCCUGUCAGCCAAGUCGUCACAGAGCAGCUCAGUCCUACGGCUACCAUCAAGGAGGCUCAGAAGUGGCUUGUCAAGAACCGCUUCAACACAUAUGCACGACUCUUCUCCCACUUCUCAGGUUGUGACUUAAUGAAGUUGACCCGGGAUGACCUGGUUCAGAUCUGUGGAGCUGCUGAUGGAAUCAGACUCUUCUACACACUCAGAUCCAGGUCGGUGCGUCCCAGGUUGACCAUCUACGUGUGUCAGGAGGGUGAUGUGGAGAGCCCCCUGCUGGAGAGACGCUGCGACAGCGAGAACGGAGAGCACAGUGACUCACCUAACUUAUAUGUGUACCAUGCUCUAUACCUGGAGGAGCUGACGGCUGCUGAGUUGAUCAGGAAGAUGGCGUGUGUGUGUAGUGUUCCACUGGGACAGAUCAACCAGGUCUACCGACAAGGACCCACAGGAAUACACAUACUGCUGAGUGACCAGGUGGUUUAUAACUUACCUGAUGAGAGCUGCUUUCUCAUUGGCACACUCAAAGAUGAAACGGGGGAGGGGCUCCACCUGGUUUUGAAGUAGCGAUGGAGGACGAGAGCGUGAUGACAUCACUGAAAACUCCUCCCUCUGUGAAUAGCAGAGCAGUCCCUCCCUCCCUCCCUCUCUCUCUCCUAUCGUUCAGAUUGCUAUGUGUAAGGCAGAAGGACAGAGGGACUGAACUGAAGCCAUGUUAACGUUAGAAUCUGACGCGGGUGUGACCACUGUUUCAUAUUGAAAACACUAUUACUGAGGGGGAGAGAGGGGGAGGCUUGUGGCGUGUUUUAUUCUCUCCAUUUCUUUAUAGUUUUAUAAGUGGGGAGGGGUAGGCUGCCCCCACAGAGAGGCUCAUAGAGGCAGUGCUUUAGGCUUCAGCCAGGGCUAGGCCAGUAGUCAGUGCUGUAAUGCCAUGUGACUUGAACAUACAGAUUGAUGGACAGACAGACGGACCCCAGACGUUUGAUCUCAUUUGCUUUGACUGAGACUCGACCACUUCCACGGAAGCAGAGCUGGCAACUAAUAAACUCAAACAGAACAAACUGUCUAGAACAUGUCAGUCAUUCCUCUGAGGGCCAAAUGUCUGCAGAUUUUUGCUCCACCCUUGUACUUUAUUGGUGAAUUAAGGUCAGUAAUUAGUAAGUAACUUCCCUCACCUGGUUGUCUAGGUCUUAAUUGAAAGGAAAAACCUGCAGACCCUCGGCCCUCCCAGGAAUGAGUUUGACGCUGAUCUUGAACAACAGUCUCUGUGUGGUUGUGUAUAUUGUGUAGAACACAGUAGUCUAGAUAUGAACGUUCUAGAUCUGUUCCCAGACAUUCUAUGGAUGAGGAUGGGGGUCCUCUUAGCCAAUCAAGUCAAGAUUUGACUGUUAGGGGUGUUAGCAUUCUGUUAGCCAGUGUCUAACGGCCUGUUCUGGUUCAUGUAUCAUAUGAACUAAGUCUGAUACCAUAAUAUACAGCCUGCUUUCAUAGACUAGACACAGUAAAUGUAAAUCCGGGACACUCAAAUUAGUAUGAUACACGACAUGACCAAAAGUAUGUGGACACCUGCUCGUCAAACAUCUCAUUCCAAAAUCAUGGGCAUUUAAUAUCGAGUUGUCCCCACCCCCCUUGCUGCAAUAACAGUCUCAACUCUUCUGGGAAUGCUUUCUCCUAGAUGUUGGAAUAUUUCUGCAGGGACUUGCUUCCAUUCAGCCACGAGCAUUAGUGAGGACAGGCACUGAUAUUGGGCUAUUAGGCCUGGCUCUCAGUCUGCCUUUCAAUUCAUCCCAAAGGUGUUCGAUGUGGUUGAGGUCGGGGCUCUGUGCAGACCAGUGAAGUUCUUCCACACCGAUCUCGAUAAACCAUUUCUUUAUGGAUCUCUUUGUGCACGGAGGCCACAAAGUUGGAAGCACAAGAGUCGUCUAGAAUGUCAUUGUAUGCUGUAGCAUUAAGAUUUCCCUUCAUUGGAACUAAGGGGCCUAGACUGAACCAUAAACUGUCCCAGACCAUUAUUCCUCCUCCAUCAAACUUUACAGUUGGUACUAUGCAUCGGGGCAGGUAGCGUUCUCCUGGCAUCCGCCAACCUAAGAUUCGUCCGUCGGACUGCCAGAUGGUGAAGCGUGAUUCAUCACUCCAGAGAACGCGUUUCCAUUGCUCCAGAGUUCAAUGGCGGCGAGCUUUACACCAAUCCAGCCAACGCUUGGCAUUCCUCAUAGUGAUCUUAGGCUUGUGUGUGGCAGCUCGGCCAUGGAAAACCAUUUAAUGAAGCUCCCAAUGAACAGUUCUUGUGCUGACGUUGCUUCCAAAGGCAAUUUGAAACUCGGUAGUGAGUGUUGCAACCGAGGACUAUUUUUAGUGAUCCCGUUCUGUAAGUUUGUGGCCUACCACUUUGCGGCUGAGCCGUUGUUGCUCUUAGACGUUUUCACUUCACAAUAACAGCACCUACAGUUGACCGGGGCAGCUCUAGCAGGGCAUACAUUUGAUGAACAGACUUGUUGGAGAGGUGGCAUCCUAUGACUGUGUCACGUUGUGUCACUGACAUUCUACUUCCAAUGUUUGUCUAUGGAGAUUGCAUGGCGGUGUGCUCGAUUUUAUACACUUGUCAGCAACGGGUGUGUCUGAAAUAACCGAAUCCACUCAUUUGAAGGGAUGUCCACAUACUUCUGUAUAUAUAGUGUAUGUUAUGUUUGGUACGGUUACAUUAGACCAAAGGUUACCUAAAGCAAAAAUGAAAGAAGCGUGUUCAAAUAUCAUCACGGACAACUUCAGCAUUUUAGCUAAUUAGCAACUUUGCAACUACUUAGUACUUUUUUAGCUGCUUUGCUGCUUUGCUACUUAGCAUGUUAGCUAACUCUUGCCUUAACUCUUUAACCCACCUCCUAACCUUAACCCCCAAACCUAACCCCUAGCCUAAAUAUCGUUAGCAAACUAGCUAAUGUUAACCACCCUUAGAUGUCAGUGGUGGGAAAAGUACAAAAUAUCCAUACUUGAGAAAAAGUAUAGAUACCUCAAUAGAAAGUUAAGUGAGUCAGACUGUAUAAUACUACUUGACUAAAAGUCUAAAACUAUUUGGUUUUAAAUAUACAUAAUUUAUCAUUCCUUGUAUUAAGCAAAGCAGACAGCACCAUUUUCUUGUUAUUUAAAUUUAUGGAUAGCCAGGGGCACACUGAAUUUGACAAUUUUCCUGUCCUGCAAUAUUUUCUUUAGGAAUGUAGUAAUGUAAAAGUUGUCAAAAAUAUAAAUAGUGAAGUAAAAAUACUUUGAAGUACUACUUAAGUACUUUACACCACUGGCUAAUGUUAACUACAACAAAUUGGAAUUCUUAACAUAUUGUACAUUUUGAAAAGUUCAAAUUGCAAAUCGUAACAUAAGAAAUGGAUGAUGGACAUCCACAAAUUAGUGCAUAUCAUAUGAAACAUGACAUUAUUUUAUUUAAGUAGGCAAGUCGGUUAAGAACAAAUUCUUAUUUGCUAAGACGGCCAAACCCAGACGACGCUGGGCCAAUUGUGCACCACCCUAUGGGACUCCCAAUCACGGCCGGUUGUGAUACUAAAUUAAGUGUCUUGGAUUUACGUACAGAUUAAUACUGAGACCACGUUGCAAUAUACCCCAGCCUAUUUCAGAGCAGGACAGAGGAUUUCCACUGGAGACCCAGCCUGUCUAAGCAUCAUACUUGUUUCACCCCACUCAAGUCUCUUAAAUUACAUAUUUCA